CUCUCUGGGUACUCUGUCAUAGGCUUUCUCUAGAUCUACAAAGACACACUGUAGGUCCUUCUAACCUUCUCUGUACUUCUCCAUCAACACCCUCAAGCCAAAUAAUGCAUCAGUGGUACUCUUUUGUAGGGAUGAAACCAUACUAUUGCUCGCAAAUACUCACUUCUGUCCUGAGUCUAGACUCUUUCCCAUACCGUCAUUGUGUGGCUCAUCAACUUUAUUCCUCUAUAGUUCCCACAGGUCUGCAUCACCCUUGUUCUUAAAAAUGGGCACCAGCACACUUUUCCUCCAUUCCUCAGGCAUCGUCUCACGCGCUAAAAUUCUAUUGAACAAGCUGGUCAAGAACUCCACAGCCACCUCUCCUAGAUGCUUCCAUACCUCCACAGGAAUGUCAUCAGAACCAACUGCCUUUGCAUUUUUCAUCCUCUUUAAUGCCUUUCUAACUUCCCCCUUACUAAUCAUUCCCACUUCCUGGUCCACCACACUUGCCUCUUCUACUCUCCCUUCUCUCUCAUUUUCCUCAUUGAUCAACUCCUCGAAGUAUUCUUUCCAUCUAUCUAGCACACUACUGGCACCAGUCAACAUAUUUCCAUCUCUAUCCUUCGUUCUCAUUGUUGUUUUCAUAUGGAAUGUUCAAGCCAUAUGAUAUUUGUUGAACUGGAAAAGGGUACCUCUGAUGUCUCCAAGGCGGCACGGUGCACGAUUGGUUAGCACAUCUGCCUCACAAUUCUGAGGAUCGGGGUUCGCCCUAACCUGCUGCACAUCCUUCCCAUCUCUAUCCCUCUGUCUGGCCAACCUGUAUAGAUCCUUUUCUCCUUCUUUAGUGUCCAACCUGGCAUACAUGUCAUCAUAUGCCUCUUGUUUGGCCUUUGCCCUUUGUCGCAUCUCAAUGUAUUCCUUUCGCCUCUCCUCGGUCCUCUCAGUGUCCCACUUCUUCUUAGCUAACCUUUUUCCUUGUAUGAUUUCCUGUACUGUGAGGUUCCACCACCAAGUGUCCUUCUCUCCUUUCUUGCCAAAAGAUACACCAAGUACUCUCCUGCCCGCCUCUCUGAUCACCUUGGCUGCAGUGGUCCAGCUCCUCCUGUCCACCGAGAGCCUGUCUCACCUCUUCCCGAAAAGCUGCACAACACUCGUCCUCUCUCAGCUUUCCUCCACAUGGUUCUCUGCUCUGCCUUUGUCUUCCUAAUCUUCCUCCCCACCACCAGAGUCAUCUUACACACCACCAUCCUAUGCUGUCUAGCCACACUCUCCCCUACCACUACCUUACAGUCGGUAACCUCCUUCAGAUUACAGCGUCUGCACAAAAUGUAAAUCCACCUGCUGUUUGGAAACGUUUUCAGCCGGAUGCCCUUCCUGACGCAACCCUCUGCAUUUAUCCUGGCAUGGGACCAGUUUACAGUUUGCACUGGCUUGUGCCCCCCAUAGGGCUGCAUUAAUCAGGGAUUCACAAUAAUUAAUUUUAUUAUAUUUACUAUUCCCUCAAUAAUCAAGAGGCACAGUUUUUGGGUGCUCCAACUUAAGUAAUACACUGUACUUGUAUUAUACACUACUCACAAAAAGUGAUAUUCGGCUUUAGGGUCAAAUUUCAGGAUGCACCGAAAAUCCACUACAAGCUCUGGAGGUCAACUAAAUUUGACCUCGAAUCAUUUGAAUGCACAUGUCCAACUGUCCUGCGACUGGCUGGCGCUGGCGACUAGUUCAGAGUGUACCCCGCCUCUCGACCUUAGUGAGGAUAAGCAGUAGAGAAAAUUGUUCAGUACUUCAUGUACAAGUAGCUGAUCGCUAACAAGCGACUGAACGGCAAGAUUCCCAACAGUUUAAUCCAUGAGUCGACCAAUACAUUUUCACGGAUGUCCACUUUUGACUUCGUCUCUCAUCGCUAUCUCCUUUUGCAACCUGCUGAUGACACUGUGACACUCUAAGCGAAGUGCCAACUUCCCCCCUAAAACAUCCGUUUUGAAGCCUCGCGUUGGCAAGGUAUCAAUGAAUUGUUAGACAUCGUCUCAUGAUGUUAAAAUGUCAACGCCAUGAUGAAGAUGACUGUGUCAAUACCAAUUCUCAUUGAACCAGGAAAUCCAUUGGUCGAUUCCUAUAUACGAGUUGACCUUAGCUUCACCUAUCCAAAGGUUUCAGAACUGGGGAGUCUUUUUUAUAUAUACAUAUUUUCUGGAAAAGUCUCAUUUGUUGUUUAGAUUUUAUGUUUUUAUAAGGUAACUAAACAUCUGUUCUGUAGUUAUGUAACAUAGUUGAGGAAAAUUCUAGAAUCUCUGCACCUUCUUGUUUUUGCCACGUGGCUAAGGCUGAGGGUUUGAGUAAAGAGAGACCAGAUGGGAAGAAAUCAUUCCAGACGUCUGUCAGACGGUCCAAAGUUUGAGGUCGACACAUCCAAAGCAAACUCCUGUUCCCGGCUUGCAAAUUUAGGAAACCGAUUUUGUGGGUUUGUCACUUUUUAAAAUAGAGUUUGGCAUGGAAACGAGACAUUUCACGGUUUCCGAUGAGUUAUCAGUUGAAGUACAUCAUUAUUAGCAUCAUUAUCCAAUUUGAAACAGAAAAACAAAGCCUCUCCUGAAAGCAUGUGGCACACGUUCAGGAAAAAAAUACCCCAUCUCUUUAAUGCAGGUUAUUUAAUGCACAAUGAGUCAUUUUUAAUUUUUUUAAUAUACUAUGAAAACCGCACAUAGUUAUGUCAUCAGUACCGACGAGGGUUUUACAUCAUCUCACUAUUUUUCACAUACUCACACACGAGAGAGAGAGAGAGGGAGGGAGGGAGGGUCCGGAGGCAGAAGAUAAAUAGCGAGCCUCCACACGUUGGCCCAUCCUCAGUCUAACAAAGUGUAGCCAUGGAGUGCAAAGGUGUGUGCGUGCUCAUGCUCGUGCUGGUGCUGGUCAACUGCUCACUCCAGCAGACUCCACCAAAGAAGAAGCCCGUACGAAAAGACAAUAAUGCUGCCAUUGAGGAUUUACAGAGACAGAUUAAUGACAUUGUGCAGGACCUCAACCUCCUGAAAGAAGAACAGGCCUUGCAAAGAGUGUGUUUGAAGGGCACAAAGAUCAACGGCAAGUGCGUCUUGGCCGACCCGGUGAAGAAGUCGUAUCACACAGCCAGCGAGGACUGCAACGCCCUGGGCGGGGUCCUUGGCGCCCCUACAUCCGCCGAUGAGAACGGCCUGCUGACAGACUACCUCCGCCUAAGCGUGGGCAGGGAUGAGCGAGUGUGGCUCGGCAUCAACGACAUGGUGACCGAGGGCACUUGGGCGGACCAGAGCGGCGUCGGCAUCCAGUACAAGAACUGGGACACGUCCAACAGCCGCGCCCGUCAGCCAGAUGGCGGCCGGUCCCAGAACUGUGCCGUGCUCUCGGGGGCCGCCCAAGGGAAGUGGUUUGACGAGAACUGCCGCGACGAGAAGCCCUCCGUCUGCCAGUUCAAUAUUGUGUGAUCACGUGUGCAGUAUAAUCCUAAAUAGCUGCUUGGUAUGUAAUUCUGCUGCAAUGCCACUUUACCUUCUUUUUUUUGUAAGACAUCUGUUCCUGAAUUUGAUGAUUGCAGUCAGUUGCAUGGCUGUAAUUUCCAUUCGCUGUGUUCCAAACAAAACACUAAAACCAGAUAUAUUGCAAGUCUUUUACGUUCCCUUUACAAAUUAACUAGAGCUGCAUGUGAUGUAAUAUUAAAAGACACCACUACUAGCCAUAACAUUGUGUAAACCUGCAAAAUCGAAUGAGACAGUUAUACAAAAAAAACAAAAAGCCUUGCGAUAACAAUUCUCAGUUUUUACUGAGGUGUUCAUUUGUUUAGCAUUAUGGUUGUAGAACUGCAGGUGUACCAAGUCGCCAGAGAACUUACAAUAUGAAUUGGGUGUGCUGACCUCUGACGAGGCAACCCAAAAGCCACAUCAAUUAUUUCAUAACGUGCCUGUCAAAACUGUACUAUGCUGCAUUCUGGAUCUCGCUGACAAGUCUCACAUUGAGCCUGAAGAAUAUUGUUUUUUUUACCCAUCUUCAUUUUAAACACAGAACUUUAGCUGAAGUCUAGCCUGAUGUAACCUGAAAGCUUAAUAAACUGUAAAAGCACACCGUGCCCCCUA